CCACCAACCAAAUUUCCCUUCUCGACUCCACAACGGACGAAGCGCAUUGGGAGAGCUAUGUCUCAACGCGCAUGCUACCACAGGAAAUCAGCAAAUUAAACUCCGUCAAUUGAUCCGUCUCUUCCUCGAUAACGGUGCCACCGCCAAAUUCCAAGCUCGUAACGAGAAAUCCUGCCUUGUUCUCGCCCUCGAUAACCCCUACAGCACCCUCGCUGUCACCGACGCCCUUCUCGAGACCGAAGUUUGGGAAGACCUCAACGACGCCGAGCACAUGUACCACGACUUAACAACAAAUCUCUGGUAUUCACCACUCAAAUACGUCGAGCUCGUCCCAUCACCCAGCCGCACACGCUGCCAAACAGACCUCUUGAAUCUCCUCCGCGACAAAGCCUGCCUCCCAAAAUACUACUCAGAGACCGAAAUCCAGCCACAGGGUGCAAUCGGCAUGCCACCCCCCAUUGCGCGCCUCGCCGACCGCCAAAAAGAACACCAACUCUCCCUCAAGCUUGCCACCGAAGCCUCAGAACACACACGUAAACUCGAGGAAACCGCCCACCGCGACGCCCUCCGCCGCGCCAAAGAAUCCCAGGACGCGUCCCUCGCCGCUGCCGCACAAGCCGCACAACGCACGCAAGCCCUCGAGCAGCAGCGCCACGACUUCGAGCUCCAGCGCGUCCGCGACGCAGAAGCCAUGAAGCGCGCCGAAAAAGCAAACUGGCACCGCCUCCUGCAAGACCAGGAUCGCGAGGCCGCCGAGCAGCGAGCCGCGUACGAGAACCGUAAAGCGUCUGCGGCUUUCGCAGCGGAGAAGAAGUUGGUUGAGGCGAGGAAGGCCGAGGUCGAGCAUCGCGCGAAUGUGGAACGGUGCGCGCUCAAGGAGAAGGAAGAUCUAUACGAACGUAAUGUUAAGAGGCAGUUGCAGAUUACGCAGAGGGUGGAUGAGAGUGCGCAGCUUCAUGCCAAGUUGAGGCAGGAGAGGCCGGCUAUUGAGCAGGCGCAGUGGGGGAGUGUGGAUUGA